AUGGUGAUUCAAAAGCGCUGGACAUGGACGCGAGAAUUAAUGGAUGUGCCUGAAAUGGAGCAGAACGAGGACGAGGCUGAGCGGGUCUUGUUUGCCCCUGGUGAGAACCAAUCCCCAUCCGGUGACGCCUGGCUGAUUUCUGGCAUUGAUCAGGGAGUGAAAUCCGACGAGGCUAUCCACUUCAAUCAGCCUUCCAGUCUACUUCAAGACCAGCUCCGCGAACUAGAGGAAAGACUGGGAGAGCUAGACAAGGAACACUAUGAGUCAAAAGACAAGAAGCAAAAUCUAAGGGUCGUCUCCCGCAUCAGAGAUUUGGAGGUUGCUCAAAUUGUCCAAGACGAAGGUGUAACUGGCGAAGAGACCGAUUACGAGGCAAAAGUUGAGCAAGGUGGUCGACUUGCCCGAGAAGCCAUUCGCAAUCGCAGCGAGAGAGCCAUGCUACUGGAAGAGAUUGAACAGAAACUCAUCAGGUACGACGAAGCCCUGGCAAAUUCCCGAAGACUGAAUGAGUUUCAACGACCGAGUGACCGCGAUCGAUCUGACCUCGAACAAUGGCUUGACAACACUAAACCCGUGAACUUUGAACCAGAGGAGAACUUCAUUCGGUUCAAGUACGACCUCAUCACCUUGAACCCCAGAACGGAUUCUGGUAAGAUUGACGCCUGGGUUGAGAAAGCCAUUGGCAAACUGCCCAAGAAGAAAACCACUGUGAGUAUGUUCUGGUACCACUGCAAUGUUCAUCAGGCUGAUGUUUGCGCACGAAGUGGUUCUACAAGCAGAAGUUUCGAGGCUUUGAAAAUCAGUACACGCGUUUCUUCCAUGUUUCUCGGGUUGAACGCCUCGCUGUUAUGA